AUGAAGGAAUAUAAUGGCUUUAAAGAAGAUAGUCUGGAGCGCUCUCCGAAUCUAGUACAGAACAACCCGAUGCAGCAUCGGGUCAUCGGCGAUGCUGUUGCUCUGUCCGGCUUACCCAGCAUCGACCCCUAG